AUGACAUACAAUGUAAACAAUACUAAUAUGUCUGAAUACUUAAAUAAAUUAAGGGUGUAUGACCUGAAUCAGUUAUGUAGAAAGUUUUUAUUACCACAACAUGGGAAGAAGGUAGCCAUAGUUGAGCGUAUAUUACAAUACAUAACUGAUGUUGAAAGAGAAGAACAGAUAUAUGAAUUUAUUUUGGCAACCAAACCAUCAAUAUUUAAUAUAAUAAAUGAUAAAAGUAUGAGUACAAAUAUACUUCAUGAUAGUAGUAAAUUAUUUUUUUCUAAUGUUAAUUAUGUUACAAAUGAUCAUAAUAUUAAUCUUAAUUUUAAUAAUGUAGAUAAACUUGCAUAUGCAAGCAGUGACACUCCUUCAACGAAAAAAGCUUCUUCUUCUACAGCCAGAAAAAGCAAAGUCAAAAUAUACGAAGAGGAUAACGAAUUUUCGACGUGUGUAUGUGGAGGAAUGUCUAAAAAUAUCAGCAGCAAGAACGGAAUAGUAAAAUGUAUUGAAUGCAAAAAAAAUCAACACAUAAGUUGUUAUAUACCUAAUUCAUUUAUAAAUAAAGAUUUGAGAAAUUAUGAAAUAUUAUGUAUAGCUUGUCGUAUGAAAGAUAUGGAUCCUUUUUAUCCUAUGAAAAAAGUAUUAUGGAUGAAGAAUAUAAGUGCGAAUACUGAAAAGUUAAUGAUUAAUGCUAGUGAUAUUAAACAAUGGAGAAAUGAAAAUAAAGAUGUUAUAGUAUUCUGCAUUAAUUUGGAACCUCAAAAUCUAAAUAAUACAACACCCAUAAAACAAGAAUGGCCAAAAACAUUUAAUUUGAAGGUUAAUGGAAAUAUUACCGAAAAAAUAUUUGAACCCUCAUGGGAACAUAAAAGAAGAGAUAGUCCAUUAAAAAUUACUCAUACAUUAAAAGCAGGUAUUAAUAAUAUUGAUAUUAUUAGUACCAAUUAUGAUGUACCUAAAUUAUUUGUUGUUACUUUUGCUUUAUGUAAAUAUGAACCUGAACAAGUCAUAAUUGAAAAUGUUAUUUUAAGAAGUUCUUUAAAUUUUAAAGAUGCAAAAGAGAGAAUUGUAAAUAUAUUAUCUACAAAACAUGAUAGUGAUGAAGUUAUGUGUAUGGAAAUUAAUAGAAAGGUUAGUUUACAUUGUCCAUUUUCCUUAGAUAGAAUUUUGAUACCAUGUCGAGGUAUCAUGUGUUCACAUAUAAAAUGUUUUGAUUUAAAAUCAUUCAUUGAUGUUACGAAAAAAACAAAAGCAUUUAAUAAUCGAUGGAAAUGUCCUAUAUGCUCUUUUUAUUUACGACCAAAGAGCCUGGUUAUUGAUACAUUUAUUACUUAUAUACUCUCACAAGUGCCCAAAGAUAUUAAGGAAAUUGAGCUAAGUAAACAAGCUGAAAUUAUUUUCAAUAAAAAUAAUCAGGAACCAAAAGUGAUAAAACAGUUGGAUGAUGUAGACGCUCUGGAUUUGCAAAAAAAACAUAUUGAUAUUAAAAACGAGUAUAUUAUGGUCAAAUCUAAUAAUGAACAAAAGAAUAAUGAUAAGUCUUUCAAUAAUGAUGAAAUAAUAAUUUUAGAUUCAGACACAGAUGAUAACAACAACACAUAUAAUACCAACUGUGAUAAAUAUAAUAUGGAAAAAAAUAAUAACAUUAUACAAGGCAAUCAAGAAGUUAUAUGUAUAUCUGAUAGUGAUGAAGAAAAUGUUUAUGAUAAAAAUAAAAAUGGUAAUAAUAUUUCGAAUGAUAAAGGUUCAUCUCAUAUAAAUGGAAUAGGAUAUCAAGAUGUAAAUACAAGAGUGAAUGAAAUAUUAAAAAGAAAUUUAUUACAAUCAAAAAGUGCAACAUUUGUUGGUAGUCCUGAAAUGUUUUUUAAUAAUAUUGUUCUUGAUGUCUUGACUGAUUUUAAUAAUAUUCAUGUUAAUGAAAUUUCAAGUAUACAAGAUUAUGAUAUUAUGUUAAAAGAAAAAACAAAGACUAUAAGUAAUAUUAAUAAAAUUGCCAACAUACCUAAUGAUGAUAAAAAUAUUUCGUCCUCUAAUUUUAAUAAAAAUAUUACAUCUUCUACUACUAAUAAUAUUCAUAAUGAUCUUGAUUUGUCUGCUGUAGCUCUCUUAGAAUAUUACAGUAAAAAAAAUAAUAUUCCUAAGGAUUUAUCUUAUAUAAACUCACACCUCUCUCCCUAUGAGAUAAAUCCGGUUGAAAAUUACAUAAAUAUUUCUAAUCCUUUAGAUGAAAAUGAUAAUCGUUUAUUAGAUACACUAAAAAAGAAGAAUGUAGAUACUUCAGGGGUUUCAAUUGAAAAUCAGUUAGAUUCUAUAACAAAGAGUUUUAAUAAUAUAAUUCAAAGUGAUAAGAAAAAUGAUAAUAAUAGUAAUAUUACUAAUAAUAAUAAUAGUAAUACUAAUAAUAGUAAUAAUAAUAAUAGUAAUAAUAAUAAUAGUAAUAUUACUCAUAAUAAUAAUAAUAUUACUCAUAAUAAUAAUAAUAUUAUGAGUAAUAAUAAUAAUAAUUAUUAUAAUCUCAGUAGUUGUAGUGAUUAUAAUAGCAAUUAUGACAAUGAUAAUUUCAUUCCUUUCGAUGUUUUUAAUAUAAAUGAAGCACAUUUAUCAUUAGAACAGACACAACAAAUAGUCUCCCCUGAUACAAAUAAUAAUACAGAUAAUAAUAAUUCUAAUAUAAAUAAUAAUAAUAAUAGAAAUUUUUACUUAAAAUUUGAAGACAGGUUUAAUAUGAACAAUGAUAGAAUAUUUACAAAUAAAUUGCCAGAUGAAAAUAAUUUCCAAGCUUUAAAUGAACUGAAUAAAGAACUUAGAAACGCGCACAAUCUUAGUAUAAUAAAUUAUGAUAACACUAAUAAAAAAAAUAACAGCAACAACAACAAUAAUAAUAAUAAUAAUAAUAAUAAUGAGUUAAAUAAGAAAAAAAGGAGGAAGAAAAAUUCAAUUACUACAAAUAUAAAUAAAAAGAAAAACAACACGAUUAAAAGUAGUAAUAAUAUUAAUAAUUCCUAUUCUAGUUUUAGAAGAAUUGAUAGUAUAGGUAAUAAUUUUAAUUUCUCUAUGAUAAAGUAUAGUAAUAAACAUAACUCAAAUAAUAAUAAUAAUUAUAAUAAUAAAAAUAACAAUAAUAACAAUAAUAACAAUAAUAACAAUAAUAACAAUAACAGAACAAAUACAAAUAAUAAAACUAUUUAUCAAUAUAUUAAUCAUAACAAUACAAAUCAAAAUUUUAUCAAACGAUUAAGGAAAAAUAAACGAAUUAGUAAAAAAGACAAAAACCAAAAAGAAAAUCAAAAAAAGAAAAUGAAACGAAAAUAG